UCCCUCUUGUGGGCAGUAAAAUCAUCCGGCAAAUGCCUUUCCAAGGAUGUCGAGUGUAUAUAUAAAGGAAAAGCUUAAGGUUGCUAAGGGAGUGGUGUUUUGGUGAGGAUUUCAUUCUCUUUUACUCCAUGGAAACAAGCCUUUUGAGCUUUUACUUGUCUGCUGAUUUGUCCGGUGAUCCAGGUUUCCCCUCAAAAAACCUAUAAGGCAUGGGAGUAUUUUGAACCGAGAGUCACCAACAGAUAAGAAGCAGAAAGUUGAGCGCAGUGCAUCACAUGAUUUUGAUCCUACAGGUCUUGUUCAGCGUUGUGUGAUCAUCCAGAAGGAUGACAAUGGAUUUGGGCUGACGGUCAGUGGAGACAAUCCAGUCUUCGUACAGUCUGUCAAAGAAGAUGGAGCAGCCAUGCGGGCUGGGGUACAGACAGGUGAUCGAAUCAUCAAGGUGAAUGGAACUCUGGUGACUCAUUCAAACCAUUUGGAAGUGGUGAAGCUAAUCAAAUCUGGUUCCUAUGUAGCUCUCACUGUUCAGGGACGCCCACCUGGGUCGCCCCAGAUUCCACUCGCCGAUUCUGAAGUAGAGCCAUCAGUCAUUGGACAUAUGUCUCCCAUCAUGACAUCCCCUCAUUCACCUGGAGCAUCUGGGAACAUGGAGAGAAUUACUAGUCCUGUGCUUAUGGGGGAGGAAAACAAUGUGGUUCAUAACCAGAAAGUAGAAAUUCUGAGAAAAAUGUUACAGAAAGAACAGGAACGGCUGCAGUUAUUGCAGGAAGAUUACAACCGAACACCUGCCCAAAGAUUGCUAAAAGAGAUCCAAGAGGCCAAGAAACACAUUCCUCAGCUGCAAGAGCAGUUAUCCAAAGCCACGGGCUCUGCUCAGGAUGGAGCUGCAGUUACCUCCUCCAAGCCUUUAGGUGACGCACUGACAGUCAGUGAGGUGGAAGCUGAUCCUGGUGAUGGACUAAGCAGAAUUGACUCCAGCAGUGGAGACGCUUCUCGGCCCAGUAGUGACAGCGCAGACAGUCCCAAGAGUGCCCUGAAAGAGAGGAUUUAUCUAGAGGAAAACCCAGAGAAAAGUGAAGUGAUUCAGGACACUGAUACUCAGUCACUCAUCGGGAGUCCCUCUCCCCGUAUAGCACCUCAUAUUAUUGGAGCAGAGGAUGAUGAUUUUGGUACUGAACAUGAACAGAUCAAUGGGCAGUGCAGCUGUUUCCAGAGCAUCGAGCUGCUGAAAUCUCGCCCUGCUCACCUGGCUGUUUUCUUACACCACGUGGUCUCACAAUUUGACCCCGCAACGCUGCUCUGUUAUCUCUAUUCAGACCUGUACAAGCAGACCAAUUCCAAGGAGACUCGUCGUGUCUUCCUUGAGUUUCAUCAGUUCUUCCUGGAUCGAUCUGCACACCUGAAAGUUUCUGUGCCUGAUGAAAUAUCAGUAGAUCUAGAAAAAAGAAGACCUGAGCUUAUACCCGAGGAUCUGCACCGCCACUAUAUCCAAACUAUGCAGGAAAGAGUCCACCCAGAAGUUCAGAGGCACUUGGAAGAUUUUCGGCAGAAGCGUAGCAUGGGGCUGACCUUGGCUGAAAGUGAACUGACUAAACUCGACGCAGAGCGAGACAAGGACCGGGUCACUUUGGAGAAGGAACGGGCAUGUGCAGAACAGAUCGUUGCCAAAAUUGAAGAAGUGUUGAUGACUGCUCAGGCUGUAGAAGAAGAUAAGAGUUCAACAAUGCAGUAUGUUAUCCUUAUGUACAUGAAGCAUUUGGGGGUAAAAGUGAAAGAACCUCGAAAUUUGGAGCACAAGCGGGGUCGGAUUGGAUUCCUUCCAAAAAUCAAGCAGAGUAUGAAGAAAGAUCGAGAAGGCGAAGAAAAAGGGAAGCGCAGAGGAUUCCCCAGCAUCCUGGGACCCCCAAGGAGACCAAGCCGUCAUGACAACAGUGCAAUUGGCAGGGCCAUGGAGCUACAGAAACAGCGGCACCCAAAGCACUUACCCACACCCUCUUCUGUGAGUCCAGAGCCUCAGGACCCUGCUAAGUUGCGCCAGAGUGGGUUAGCAGGUGAAGGAACAGACGUCGGAUACCUGCCAGCCAAUUCCAUGUCCUCUGUGGCUUCAGGGGCCACUCUUUCCCAGGAAGGAGGGAAAGAGAAUGAUACAGGAUCAAAGCAACUUGGAGAAACACCAGCAUCUGGAGACUGCGUAGAUAGCACCCCUCGGACUCCGAAUACUGUCUUUGAUUUCCCACCUCCUCCUUUAGACCAAGUGCAGGAGGAGGAAUGGGAAGUGGAAAGGGUGACUGAACAUGGGACACCAAAGCCCUUUCGAAAGUUUGACAGCAUAGCUUUUGGAGAAAGUCAAAGUGAGGAUGAACAGUUUGAAAAUGACUUAGAGACAGACCCACCGAACUGGCAACAGCUUGUUAGUCGAGAAGUGUUACUGGGACUAAAGCCUUCUGAGAUCAAAAGGCAGGAAGUAAUUAAUGAAUUGUUCUACACUGAAAGAGCUCAUGUUCGAACACUGAAAGUUCUUGAUCAAGUAUUCUAUCAGCGAGUGUCCAGAGAAGGAAUUCUGUCACCUUCAGAACUACGGAAAAUUUUUUCAAACUUGGAAGAUAUUCUUCAACUUCAUAUUGGAUUGAAUGAGCAAAUGAAGGCUGUUCGAAAGAGGAAUGAGACCUCAGUUAUUGAUCAGAUUGGGGAAGAUUUGCUGACCUGGUUCAGUGGACCAGGAGAGGACAAGUUGAAGCACGCCGCUGCUACCUUUUGCAGUAACCAACCUUUCGCCCUGGAAAUGAUCAAGUCUCGUCAGAAAAAGGAUUCUCGAUUCCAGACCUUUGUGCAAGAUGCCGAGAGUAAUCCUCUAUGUCGUCGUCUGCAGCUGAAGGAUAUCAUUCCUACCCAAAUGCAGAGGCUUACCAAGUACCCUCUUCUGUUGGAUAAUAUUGCCAAAUACACAGAAUGGCCAAUGGAAAGGGAGAAGGUGAAGAAAGCUGCAGAUCACUGUCGUCAGAUCUUGAAUUAUGUAAAUCAGGCUGUCAAGGAGGCAGAAAACAAACAGCGUUUAGAAGACUAUCAGCGUCGUCUGGAUACCUCCAAUCUGAAGUUGUCGGAGUACCCAAACGUGGAAGAGCUCAGGAAUUUGGAUUUAACAAAAAGGAAGAUGAUUCAUGAAGGGCCAUUGGUCUGGAAGGUGAACCGAGAUAAAACUAUUGAUCUAUACACAUUGCUGCUGGAAGACAUUCUUGUAUUGUUACAAAAGCAGGAUGACAGACUGGUGUUAAGAUGUCAUAGUAAGAUUCUGGCGUCUACCGCUGACAGCAAACACACAUUUAGCCCUGUCAUUAAGUUGAAUACAGUGUUGGUUCGACAAGUGGCAACAGAUAACAAAGCUUUAUUUGUCAUCUCCAUGUCAGACAAUGGAGCCCAAAUUUAUGAACUGGUGGCACAGACAGUUUCCGAAAAGACUGUCUGGCAAGACCUAAUCUGUCGGAUGGCCGCAUCCGUGAAGGAACAAUCCGCAAAGCCCAUCCCGUUGCCACAGUCACCACCUUGCGAAGGAGACAACGAUGAAGAAGCAGCUCCAAAGUUAAAGGUGGGACACCACAGCAUUUCGGUCCCUGGUCUGCAGAGUCCAGACAGAGAUUUGGGAUUAGAGUCUCCCUUAAUGUCGUCAAAACCUCAGUCUCAUUCACUGGGGACCUCUGGGAAAUCCGAGGUAGAUGAUCUGUUUGUGGCCGAGAGGCAGUUUGCUAAGGAGCAGCAUGCAGAUGGGACUCUGCAGGAAGCCGGAGCAAGUUAUCAGAUCCCAAUCCCAGACCCACACUUGCCUGCCUCGGAAGAACGGUGGGCGCUGGAUGCACUAAGGAAUUUGGGCUUGCUGAAGCAGUUGCUCGUCCAACAGCUGGGUUUGACUGAGAAGAGCACUCAGGAAGACUGGCCACAUUUCCCAAGAUAUAGGACAGCGUCUUCAGGGGUGCAGACAAACGGUGGAGCCCAGAACUCUGAGAAUAGUAAGGCCUGUCCUCCUGGUGAAGGACAGAUGCCCUUUAGAACUGGAACUGGUGACAUUGCAACUUGUUACAGUCCACGGACUUCAGCUGAAUCUUCGGCUCCGCGGGAUUCAGUGGUACUGGCAUUCCAAGAUAGCCAGGCAAGUAACAUUUUAGUAAUGGACCACGUGAUUAUGACCCCAGAGAUGCCUCCUGCGGAGCCAGAAGGGAGUCUCGAUGAGAGUGGAGAGCACUUUUUUGAUGCCCGUGAAGCACAUAGUGAUGAUAACCCAUCAGAAGGUGAUGGAGCAGUUCAGAAGGAAGAGGAUGUUACUUUGCGCAUCUCAGGAAACUAUCUGAUUCUUGAUGGCUAUGAAGCGGUGCAGGAGAGCUCCACGGAUGAGGACGUUGCUUCCUUGCUCCCCCCGCCGCCCCCGGCAGGCAUCCCCUCCACAGACUCUGCCCGCCCACACCAGCACUCGCCCCAGCGUGCCCAUUCCGACGGGGCGGCUUCACCGUUCACCCCCGAAUUCCUGCUCCAGCAGCGCUGGGGGGCUAUGGAGGAUUCCUGUUUUGAGAUCCAGAGUCCCCCCUCUUGUGCAGACUCUCAGAGCCAGAUUAUGGAGUACAUUCGGAAGAUCGAGGCUGACCUUGAACACUUAAAGAAGGUGGAAGAAAGUUACAGCAUGCUUUGCCAAAGGCUGGCUGGAUCAGCCCUCACAGACAAGCACUCAGAUAAAAGUUAGAGCCGCGUGUCCUGGAGGUGACUGAAGGUUGUUGGACUUUGAGCAUCGGCCUUGUAUACCACCCAUCCUGGCUCCACCGUGGACGCAGAGAGAGUGUGCGACAGAGGGUCUGCCUGUGAAGCCCCCGGGGGUGGCCAUGUGCCCGGGCUCCCAGAGUGGGACUGGUUCUUCACGGUCCGGCAGCUGCACUAGUCUGUCAGUGAGGGAGUCCCGACGCCCUCACUCUGCUCUCCUCACAAUCGGAAAUUCAUUUUGAUUCAGAACAAAAACCAAAUGUAUAGAGCUUUGGGUGUAGGAUAUGAAAUUUUACUUAGACUUAAGAAAAAGAGAAAAUCAGAUGUAUUUAUUUGACUUCAUUCCGUAUUUGAAAGCACAUUUUAAUUUUUAUUUUGCCAUGUUUUGUUUUAAUUGAGUAGUGAGAGUUUUAGCCCUUCGUAUUUAGUACACCCAAGGGUCAGUUGCUCCUGAAGCCAAGAGUUCCGGAGGAGGUAUUAGGAGGCUGGGUCCAGAGGCGGAGAGGAGGAAGGAAGCCGGGGGAGGGAGGAGCAUCCAGCCUUCAUGCAACUGUAUUCCAUGCCCUCUGCUGUCCUGGUCUUGGAGGGGCACCUCAAAGGCACAGUAUGCCCAUGGCUCCUGUGUGCAGAGGACUGGAGCUGUGUGCUGCCCAGGUGGGCAGAGAGUUAGGUGGGCUUCUUCCCGCCUGAGGCAAGCACCUCUUCUCCGUAGCUGGGAUCCACCCCCAAGUAACAGAAAAUCCUCAGUGUACUAAAUAGCAGGCACUUGAAAAUGGGUGUGUUUUCUUCUCUUGUCUUCUUUUCUGUUGAGGGUAGGGAUUUGGGAGGGAGACAAAAGCAAAUUUUAUUUUCUUGGCUAUAAAUUUGUUAUUCUUGGUAUUGUUCAUUUUUAUAAUUAUACAUGAGACUUCGGCACUUGUGUAAAAUUAUCCCUGCAGAUUGAGCAGGAAGGAAAAAACAAACAAAUGGAGAUGCUUCAGAUGGCGGCAGGGUGGGGGUGCUGAGGCAGGGUGGGCCUGGGAGUGGGGGAAAGAGUCUGGGAAGGGUAGCUAACUGAAUCACUACUGAGUUGAACCAUGGCUAUCAUUAGCCACGGGUACUGCUGAAUAUAAGGCCAGUAAAAUUUUAGUACCUGGAGGUUUGACUCUAAUAUUAAUUUUGCACUGAUGGUGCCAAAGGGCUCUUUGAGUUAAGAGGAGAGCCACGAGCGGAGUGGAGAGGGAUGUGGUGGAGAAGGCAGAGCUGCUCAAACCAGCUCCAGAAGCACUUCCUCUGACUUCACUGCCAGAACGUUCUCCACGCUGGUGCAUGACUGACCUUAACAAUAGCAGACCAGAGCAUACACUGGAAACUGUGGGCAAGGGGUUGCUAACGGCCUGCUCUAGAAUGAAUUAUAGUAUUGGCAGCACCCUACAGUGGAUCAAUGUUUCAGAACCGGGACUUGAGAACUCCUUCAAUUAUAUUGGCUUUCUGUGGUUUUCUUUGUGCAUCGGGUAUAUAUGUUUUGGAGUAUUUUUGCCAACUAGAACUAAAUCAUUGGUCAAAUCUUCAAAUUCUGUUAAUACGCAAAGCGUUCCUCCACUGCUCAUAUCUUUCAGUAGUGCCCUCUGAACCCUGUGGGUAAUCGGGAUCGGAAUGUUGUUUUACUCUUCCCCUGCACUCUCACCGCAAGUGAUAAAGGUUCCCUACUACUUUCAUAAACACCACUACGACUUAACAAGCUCAUCUGUGUCCACAUUCCCACUUCCUGCCUUUUCAAACCUGACCUAGGUUUUUAAGUAGCUCAACUUGGAUCGCUGGACCUCAUCUCUAAAUUAGAAUGCUAUUUUGAGUUGUAGACCAAGUAUCAAUUAAAUCAGAAUGGGAGUAAAAAUUUUAGAAGAAGCUAGUAAGUGAAGCUUGGGACUUGAACUUUCUCUAUCUCUUAAGGGAAGCAAAUAGAAACAGAAUGGUUACGUGCUGCUGGAAACAAUGUGGUCACUCCCAACUGAACUGGUUAACACACCUGUAGCCACCUGCCACCAGUGUCCUCAGCUGGCAUUUAAUCAGGAGAAAGGUAAAUAAAAAAUAGAACUUUCACCUUAAGUUCAGACCGUCCAGAGUAAUCACUUGAUUCUCUAGCACUCAUAUAAGAAACUUCAAGGUUUCUCUUCUAGCUCAGCCAGAUCUUGUCCGUAACAACAAUUCACUUUUCUUUUCCUGCAAUUUAACUGGGCUAACUGGAAAAAUGCUUGACCAUAGCUCUUGUACUUCCAAAUAAAUUCGUAUCUGGAUUUUUAAAUGAAGCCCCAAAACAAAGUCUUAAGUCUGAAAAGAUUCCAGUUUUGAGUGUUCUUUUUAUCUUAACCAGCCUGACUUCUCCCACACCCGCCUUUUCAUUUGGCCUUUCUAAUCACAUCCACUUUACUUUGCUACGGUAUCUGCCCUUCAGGAUGAUGGAAUUAGAUAUUCAUCCUGUCUUUGAGUGGCAGUGGUCACCAUCAGAGCUGUUUUCUCAAAGUUACUUGACUAGAAGCUGGAUUUAAGGGUGGUGAGCAAAGCAACGUCCCCAGAGCAGAAGCGCUGCGUUUCAGCCGUUCAAGUGACCUGCUGUGACCCUGUGCUCUCUUCUGUGGGCCUAAUGGCUCCUUUGCUAUUAAGUGGCAAAUUACAUUUGGAGUGUCUCCUUCCUUUUCAGAGGAACAGUUAAUCAAGGCAAAUCAGCAAGCCCCCAAAGUGCUAUAAUUUAAAAUCAUGAUUACAGCCCUAGAAGCCAUAUAUUUUGCACACUUUAAAAUCAGCUAACUUGGACUGCCUGAGUUGUCUUGGCUUUUAGAACCUAAACUGUAACUAUUUAUUAUAUUGUACCAUAAGAAGGUAUAUUUCAUUAGCUUUUUGGCUUCCUGUUCCCCAAAACAACUUCUAACCACUGUUAGAAACGAUGUGCCUCUUUAUCUUAUUUUUUUUUUUAAGAUUUUAUCUGUAAGUAACCUCUGCACCCAACGUGGGGCUCAAACCCACAACCCCAAGAUCAGGAGUCACAUGCUCCACCAACGGAGCCAGCCAGGCGCCCCAAGGAUGUGUCUCUUUAGAACAAUUUUUUAUUUGUUUUUGGAGGAGAGAGGGGGAACCUAAUAUGAUUAAAGGAGAAAAGCUUAUUAUUUUUUUCUUCUUUUUAGAAGCUAAAGAAAAUAAUUAUGCUUCCUGUGAGUUGUCUUUUCCUUGCAUACUGGUGUUUUGUGUGUGUGAUGUUGGUAAAUUUGGUGUAUUACACGGAGCUUCUGUAUUUCAAACUGGAAGCCGUCCUCUCUGAAGGCGGUGUGUGCUGUUAUCCUGCGCUGCUGGAGCUGUGGUCGAUAUUCCUUCCCUGUAUGUCACAGAGGGCGUCCCUGAGAAGUGUGUACAGAGGACUUCAAAAUAGAAAAUUGGGCAGGACCUUCUAGUCCUUCUGCUGGCUAGUGUUUUCCCCCUCUACCUUACAGUUUUUGUUUUGUAAAUCCUGUUUUCUUCUGACUGUCCCACCCCUUUUCAGUGAUCUGCAAAAUGGUUCUUUCUUCGAGAAAAGAGUUUCUUCUGCCUUGUUCCUUAUGCCUUCCCCACUGGUACUGAUGGUUUCGAUAAUAAAUUGGUAGGGAGAAAAAAAACAUGUACCUCGUAGAAGAAAGCCCUGUCUGCCAUUUCCAGGUGCCAACGGCGAAGCAGGUGUACUACAAAAGUGGUGACUGUCAUGUGCACACUCUUGGUUAUUUUUAAUAAGCCUCUUCUACUAGAACAUUUUAUUUUCCUUGUUCACCAUACAAUCAUGUACUCUUUAACAGAAAUUACUUUUAAAAAAAUCUGGAACUAUCUUUAAAAAAAACUUUAUUAAUAAUCAUGUAUUUUUACUGAUCACAUUUUGAAAUGCCUAAAAGACUUUAUUGUUCUAAUUAUCCAGAUGUACCUUUGUAAAAUAGCUCUUUUAUGAAUUAGCUGAUAAGGCUGUAUGUUUCUGGAACAAAAUAUUGGUCAUCUAAAAUCUUUCUGUUUUCUGGGGUCUGGGAAAAUAGAAAAUGAGAGUUCAAAUAUUAAAUAUGCUUAAAGGAA